CUGUUCAGAUAUUGUUUUCCAUCUCUCUUUGUCUCCCUAGAUUUGGAAGAUGCUCAGAGGCCUUGUCCCCCUGGCUGGUAUAAGUUUGCUGAUAUUUUCUUUAAAUGGGACUGCUGCACUCCCUGGAUCAUAUUUAAGGAGUGGGUUCAUUUUGUAGUGAUGGACCCAUUUGUGGAUCUAGGUAUCACCAUCUGUAUUGUGCUCAACACACUUUUCAUGGCCAUGGAGCACUACCCCAUGAGUCCGGAUUUCGAACAUGUUCUCUUAGUGGGCAACUUGGUAUUUACAGGAAUCUUCACAGCUGAAAUGGUGUUCAAGCUCAUAGCUAUGGACCCCUAUUACUACUUCCAGGUGGGCUGGAACAUUUUUGACAGUAUCAUUGUAACCCUCAGCCUGGUAGAGUUGGGACUGGCCAAUGUUCAGGGAUUGUCCGUUCUCAGGUCCUUCCGUUUGCUACGUGUCUUCAAACUGGCUAAAUCUUGGCCAACCCUUAACAUGCUGAUCAAGAUAAUUGGCAACUCAGUAGGUGCCCUGGGGAACCUAACACUUGUCCUGGCCAUCAUCGUCUUCAUCUUCGCCGUGGUGGGCAUGCAGCUUUUUGGCAAAAGCUACAAGGAAUGCGUUUGUAAGAUCUCUCAGGACUGCGAGCUGCCCCGCUGGCACAUGAACGACUUCUUCCACUCUUUCCUCAUCGUCUUUCGGAUCUUGUGUGGAGAGUGGAUCGAGACCAUGUGGGACUGCAUGGAGGUGGCGGGAGCGAACAUGUGCUUGAUCGUCUUCAUGAUGGUCAUGGUUAUUGGAAACCUUGUGGUAUUGAACCUGUUCCUGGCCCUGCUGCUCAGCUCCUUCAGCGGGGAUAACCUGUCUGGAGGUGAUGAUGAUGGUGAGAUGAACAACCUUCAGAUUGCCAUUGGUCGCAUCACCAGGGGUGUAGAUUGGCUCAAAGCCUUCAUCGUCAGUAUGUUGCGAAAGAUUCUAGGAAAGAAACCUCCUGACAAUAAUGAGGGAGGAGGGGAAGGAGACAUAGAACUGUAUGCUAUAAACCACCUGGAUGAGGGGAAAAUGGCAGAUGGCUUGACCAACUGUUUGCCUCCAACACUGACUGUACCUAUUGCUCAUUGUGAGUCUGAUGUUGAAGAGGAUGAGGACUCCGAUGAAUCUUCUGAUGAGGAGGAUGGAAAGGUAAAACAACACACUCUUAAUGAUGAAGAAUCUUCAGUUUGUAGCACAGUGGACUACCGGCCUCCAGAACCUGAGCCUGAGCCCGAAGAGGAAGAAGAACCAGAGCCUGAAGAGCCAGAGUCCUGUUUCACAGAAGGUUGUGUUAAGCGAUUUACAUGUUUGAAUGUAGACAUCACAGAAGGAUGGGGGGAAAAGUGGUGGAACCUUCGAAGAACAUGCUUCACCAUCGUUGAGCAUGACUACUUUGAGACGUUCAUCAUCUUUAUGAUCCUCCUUAGCAGUGGAGCACUGGCUUUUGAGGAUAUCAACAUUGAGCGCCGCAGAGUGAUCAAGACUAUCCUGGAGUAUGCUGAUAAAGUCUUUACAUACGUUUUCAUAGUGGAGAUGUUACUGAAGUGGGUGGCAUAUGGUUUCAAAACCUACUUCACUAAUGCAUGGUGCUGGCUGGACUUCCUCAUUGUGGAUGUGUCGCUAGUCAGUUUAACAGCCAAUUUAAUGGGAUAUUCUGAGCUGGGACCAAUCAAAUCUCUUAGAACACUCAGGGCUCUUCGACCCCUUCGAGCUCUGUCAAGAUUUGAGGGAAUGAGGGUGGUAGUGAAUGCACUGGUUGGUGCCAUUCCCUCUAUUUUUAAUGUGCUGCUGGUGUGUCUGAUAUUCUGGCUCAUCUUCAGCAUAAUGGGAGUCAAUCUGUUUGCUGGAAAGUUCUACCACUGCGUCAACACCACUACGGAGGAACGCAUCCCGAUGGAUGUGGUCAACAACAUGAGUGACUGUAUGGCACUGAUGCACAACAAUGAGGCGCGCUGGGUCAAUGUGAAGGUCAACUAUGACAAUGUGGGAACCGGCUACCUCUCUCUACUUCAAAUUGCCACAUUUAAAGGCUGGAUGGAUAUCAUGUAUGCUGCAGUGGAUUCUAGAGAGGUGGAAGAGCAGCCAUCAUAUGAGAUCAACCUUUACAUGUACCUAUAUUUUGUUAUUUUCAUCAUUUUUGGCUCCUUUUUCACUCUCAACCUCUUCAUUGGUGUCAUCAUUGACAACUUCAAUCAGCAAAAGUCCAAGUUUGGAGGGAAAGACAUUUUCAUGACAGAGGAACAAAAAAAGUACUACAAUGCCAUGAAGAAGUUGGGUUCCAAAAAACCUGCGAAACCCAUCCCUCGGCCAUCAAACGAGAUCCAGGGUGUGGUGUUUGACUUCAUAACAAAACAGUUCUUUGACAUCUUUAUCAUGGUGCUUAUCUGCCUCAAUAUGGUGACCAUGAUGAUAGAGACAGAUGACCAGAGUGCUGAGAAAGAAGAUAUCCUGUAUCAGAUCAAUUUGGUCUUCAUCGUAGUCUUCACAGGAGAAUGCAUACUCAAGAUGUUUGCCCUCAGACAUUACUUUUUCACUAUUGGCUGGAACGUCUUUGAUUUUGUUGUGGUCAUCCUUUCUGUAGCAGGUCUGAUGUUAUCAGACAUCAUUGAGAAGUACUUUGUGUCUCCCACCUUGUUCCGUGUGAUCCGGCUCGCCAGAAUCGGCCGUGUGCUACGUCUCAUCAAAGGGGCAAAAGGCAUUAGGACUCUUUUGUUUGCCUUGAUGAUGUCACUUCCUGCUCUCUUCAACAUUGGACUGCUUCUGUUCCUCAUUAUGUUCAUCUUCUCCAUCUUUGCCAUGGCUAACUUUGCCUAUGUGAAAAAGCAGGCAGGCAUCGACGACAUCUUCAACUUUGAAACAUUUGGUGGCAGCAUCAUCUGCCUGUUUGAGAUCACAACCUCAGCAGGCUGGGAUGGGCUUUUGCUGCCUAUUCUGAACAGCGGCCCUCCAGAUUGUGACCCUGACAUAGAGAACCCUGGUACAGAUAUCCGGGGUAACUGUGGGAAUCCUGGCAUGGGCAUUAUGUUUUUCUGCAGUUAUAUUAUCAUGUCGUUCCUGGUGGUUGUGAACAUGUACAUUGCUAUCAUUCUCGAGAACUUCAACGUUGCUCAAGAGGAGAGUGGAGACCCGCUCUGCGAGGAUGACUUUGAGAUGUUUGACGAGACGUGGGAAAAGUUUGACGUCGAUGCUACACAGUUCAUUGAAUACAACCGGGUGUUUGACUUUGUUGAUACCUUGCAGGAGCCUUUACGAAUUGCCAAACCCAACCGCCUCAAAUUAAUUACCAUGGAUCUGCCCAUUGUAACCGGCGACAAAAUCCACUGUCUGGAUAUUCUUUUGGCAGUUACCCACGAGGUUCUUGGAGACACGAUUGAGAUGGCUGCCAUGAAGGAGAGCAUUGAAGCCAAGUUCCAAAUGAACAAUCCCACAUCUGCCUCGUUUGAGCCAAUCACCACCACUUUCAGGAGGAAAGAGGAAGAGCGCGCAGCCAUUGCGGUUCAACGAAAAUACCGGAGACAUCUCCUCAAACGUGCUAUCCGCUAUGCCUGCUUCAUGCAUCGUUCAAAGAGGAAAGUUAGGAGUCAGGGUGAUGAGGAUCCUCCUGAAACCGAAGGGUUAAUUGCAAAGAGAAUGGAUGCCCUGUAUGGCAGCAAUCCAGAACUCGCCAUGGCUUUUGAGCUACAGAGGCCAAUGCCGCCUAAUGCACGGCCACCCAAGCCCAAUUCGGUCACACAGCAUAGAGUAUCAGUGACCUACCCUCGACCACAGGGACAACUCGUACUACCAGUGGAGCUCACAAGUGAGGUGAUCCUCCGGUCUGCACCCACAACGCAUGGCCUCUGCGGUUCAGAGAAUGCAACGAUAAAAGAGUCAAUAGUAUAACUGGUGGACAAUGACGGUGGACUAAGAUAAUCCUUGCAAUGUAAAAAGGAGUAUCACCUGCACUCACUGAACAACAUAUGCUCCAUAAACAAGAUGGCUUAAAGGAUUACACAGGACUGCUACAGUGUGACAGCAUUGGAAUGCUAUUUCUUGGGAGUACUGUUUUUUUAUUAUUUAAACUUUUGUAAAGUUUUAUUUAGGAUUAAUUUUAUUUGUUCCCAUUGAGAAAUGUCCCAGUACAUUUGUCAUGACUUAGCUAAGUUCUUUUGCCCUUAUACGUAUAAAUGUUUGCGGUCACGCAGUUAGAGUUUUUUCUAUUUUUUCCAUUAUAGCGCCACCAAGUGGCUAAGUGCUGCAUUUUUUUUCAUGUGACAUCAGAUUGAGCCCAUAUACAAAUGUGCCAGAUUUGGUGAAUAUAUCUCAUUCAGUCCAAGGGUUAUUGCCAUUUAAGUAAAAGUGGCCACACCCACUUUGAACUUUUGGCACCAUCAUGGCGAUGAGUCGAAAGUUCAUCUUUUUUUGGAUAAUCAUUGUUAUUCAGCCUCCAGAGGAUCUUUCUGCACUAGUUUGGUUCCUUUUGGGCAAAAAAAGCUGGGACUAGUUUGCAAAAGUGCGUUUUUCCAACAAAAAAAAAGAAAAAAAAUCCAAUAUGGCGAAAAUAUUUUCAUGGUGGGAAUGAAAUCACUAUCACAAUGUAGCUGUUUCAUUCCCUACACACUAACACCAAGUAAUUCUACUAUAUUUAAAGCACAUUUUUCUCAAUAAGCUUGCAUUUUACAGGUUCAUCAUAGUUUUUGCCUUGUCUUAAAUAAUCUUUUUGCAUACUUGUUGCAGAUUGUAGCAGUAUUUAUAGCUCCUGGACACUUAAUAA